AUGGCAGAGAAGAGAAGGAGGCUGAGAGCCGAAGAAGGAAGAAAAGACGAGGAGAGAGAACGACGGGGGGGAGAAGAGGCUCAGAGUAGUACACGAGUAGAGCGGUCAGACGAGAACAAAAGAAAAGAAGAGAGCGCGGAUGACGAGAUCAGGAAGAGUUGCGUUGCAAAGGAUGGAAACAAAGGAUUCGGAAGAAAGCCAUUCUCGCAGGCGUGUGACUUGCAGCGGUCCACCGUCGGGCCGGAGACCUGUUUCGCCAGGUUCCGACAUGGUGGAAGGAAUUCGAGAGAACCUGGCGACACGAGAGAGACGAGAGACGAUGAGAAAGAACUGGAAAUCGCAAAGCAAUGGGCCAGUUCAGCUGUCGCUGCCUGCGGAGAUGUCGCCGGCGGCGGCUCUGACUUGUCCGCGCGCGGAGCUCGGCAAGAGACAGAACAGAGGCGGGAGGAAGGACGACGCCGGGGACCGUGGAAGCAGGAAGCAGAGAAGAGGCCGACAGAGAGAGAAGCAAAACGCGGAGAAGCAGAGAAAAGGUCGAGGAAUCCGAGCAGACACGGCGGGAGAUGA